AUUAUUAAUAUACACUAAAUUAUUUGUUUAUUUUUAUAUUUAAAAGGUUAAAAAAUAUGUACUGAUAUACAACCCUAAUUCCUUGUAAUUCUCACGUUUGCUGCACCAAGAAGCCCUUUACUCUCUCUCUCCUCAUUUCUCCUACCACCACCGCCCCCAGCCCGUCCCCGAGAACCACCAGCGCCGCCCUCAUCCCUUAUUUGUCUCCACCGAGCAGCAGCCGCGCCGCGCCGCCCCGCCCCUUUUUUUCUCAGCCGAGCACUAGCGGCGCCGCCACUUGUUGUCUCCACCGAGCACCAGCCGCAUCCCUUCAUUCUAGAGGGGCAAUCUGCAGAUUAGUUGUUGAGGUAGACUUGGCUGAGCUUCCACUAUAUAUUGCAACAUUUUAAGUGGAACUGUUAGAGAUGAUUGGUUUGAGAAGUAGCCCUUUAGUUAAUGUUGAAGAAGAUGGUUCUUGGGCGAAGUAGCAACAGCAGCGACGAUUGGCCAGAGCUGCAGUGGCGAUUGGGCAAAGCCGCAACGUCGAUUGGACGAAGCCGGAAUGCCAAUUGGCAAAGCGAAAAUUUAAGAAAAUCUGAGACAGUGGUGUGUGACAUCCAUGGCUGCUUGCUCAGAUCUGACUCUUUCUUCCCUUACUUCAUGCUCGUCGCUUUCGAAGGCGGCAGCAUUUUCAGAGCCUUCUUUCUGCUUCUAUCGUGGCCGAUCCUGUUUGUUUUGGAUUACGACCUCAAAAUGAGGGUUAUGAUUUUCAUUACAUUUUGUGGGCUUAGGAAAAAGGAUAUGGACAAUGUCUCCAGAGCUGUUCUUCCCAAAUUCUACCUCGAAAACAUCAACCUGCAUGCGUACGAGGUUCUGGAAUCAGCUGGAUCUAAGGUUGUGUUCACAACUGUGCCGAGGGUUAUGGUGGAAGGAUUCUUGAAAGAGUAUCUCCGCGUUGACUCAGUUUUGGGAACUGAGUUGCACACCAACGGCAAAUACUUCACCGGGUUGCUGUCAUCUUCGGGUCUGCUUGUGAAACACAGAGCUUUGAAGGAAUACUUUGGUGAAAGGAGGCCUGAUAUUGGCCUUGGUACCUCAAGCAGCAUCCAUGACCAUCUGUUUAUCUCUCUCUGCAAGGAAGCAUAUGUUGUGGUGAACAGAUCAGAAGAAAACAAAUCAACAACAAUAAUGCCAAGAGAGAGAUACCCAAAGGCGCUCGUAUUCCACGACGGAAGACUAGCUUUCCUACCAACACCCGCCGCCACACUCUCAAUGUUCAUGUGGCUACCCAUCGGAAUAUUCCUAGCGCUCUUCCGAUUAUUCGUCGGAAUAUUCUUACCCUACAAUCUCUCAAUCCUGUUAGGGGUGGGCAGUGGGGUCAACAUCAGGGUCAAAGGCACCGCACCGAAGAAAUCACUAAACGGGAAAGGAGUACUCUACGUGUGCACCCACCGUACGCUCCUGGACCCGGUUUUCCUAAGCACGUCACUCAAGAAGCCGUUGACAGCUGUCACCUACAGCCUGAGCAAGAUGUCUGAAAUAAUGGCGCCCAUAAGAACCGUGAGGCUGAGCCGUGAUCGUAGACGCGACGGAGAAACGAUGCAGAGGCUGCUGAGCGAGGGGGAUUUGGUUGUCUGUCCUGAGGGGACAACUUGCAGGGAGCCUUACUUGUUGAGAUUCAGCUCUCUGUUUGCUGAGCUGGCAGAUGAAAUUGUGCCGGUGGCGAUGAAUACGAAUGUGACAAUGUUCUACGGGACGACGGCGAGUGGGUUGAAGUGCUUGGACCCGGUUUUCUUCUUGAUGAACCCCAGACCGAGUUACAGUGUGCAUAUACUAGGGAAGGUGCCGAGAGAGAUGACGUGUGCAGGUGGUAAAACUGGGCAUGAGGUGGCUAAUUACUUGCAGAGACAACUGGCUGCUGCUUUGGGAUUUCAGUGCACUUCUCUUACCAGAAGGGAUAAGUACUUGAUGCUCGCUGGGAAUGAGGGUGUCGUAAACGACGACAGAUCAUAAUCAAUUAUAUAUUCAAACCCUACUUACGUUCUUCUUUUUUUUUUUUUAAUUUUGUGUAUACAUGAACAACACUAGCCUCGAUCCAUAUCUCUCAUAUAUAAUUAAUAUGGUGGUGAAUUUAAUUUUAUGCUCAUCUUUAUCUUUCA